AUGGCGCCGCUGCUGCUGCUCCUGCUCCUUCUGGCCGAGCUGUUCAGGUCCAUCUUCAAGUCCCCACUGGUCCACCAGAAGUCAUGGACCCACACUCAGUGCCCCUUGGAUGACCUCUGGCCUGACUGUAGAGCAGCGACCGCAGGGGCCGGGCGCGGGGCGGGGCCUCGGCGGGGCGGCCGCGCGGCUUCACCUGCCGCUGGGAUCCCGCGGAACCGAGGCGCGGGCCGCUGCGAGGCCGACGGACUUGGCCUAGUUCCGGGGAGCCCGGGCGGCGAGGGCGGCGGACGCAGCCAGGCUGGAGGUUCCGGGCAGGCGCGGGGGAGCGGUGGCGGCGGCGAGCGGACUCCGGACACCGGGCAGGCGUCUGGGCACGGCGCGGCGGGGAAGAUGACUCGGGCUCCUGCUCGCUCCUCCUGUUGCUCUCACUCUGCGGCUCGCUCUGGGCCCCAUGACCUCCUACAAGCUGAUCCAGCCAUGCUUGAUGUCAAUUGCCCUGGGACAGACAGCCCCAGGAGGAUUGAGGACAAACAAUGAGCAAGUUUGGCCUGGAGCACUCAGAUCUGAGACCCCCAGGCUGCCCAGGCUGCCCAAAACUCCACAACACUCUGAGUUCCCGGCCAGGUCAGUGGGUCUGAGAGCAUUGGGGAAAACGGAGCUGGGUCACCCUUGUAAGACUCUAGAUGGGGUCCAGGACCAGAGGUCCCCUCAGGGCCCAGGGGCCCCCAGACCAAUUGGAGGGGACAGAAUUGAGGUGGCACACAUGGAGCUUGGUGGCCACACUACCCAGUGUCCUCAGCCACCAGGAAAAAUAUGGAGACAUCAGGGAGCUGGAUGGAGCCCACCUGAGGGACCCUGUCCCAGGCCAGGAGGACCCACCUGGAGGCCAUAAGUCCCUGCUCAGCACCUGCCCAGGUCACCUGAUUCAUGUCCUGGAAGUUCUGUUUUACCACCCCUGACCUCACAACCCCAUCACCCCCUCACCCCCAGAUUCCUCUUUCUUAACUAAUGUCACUUAUACACGUUCUGGCUUUGAUUCUCGACUCCCACAGGGAUGGCCCCUGUUCUCUCAGCUCCUCAAACCUACCAGAGCCCCACAGGACCCAGAUGUAGCUCUUCCCCCAUGCUCUGCCCAUUCCCUCUUUCCUCUUAUCACAACAGCAGCUCCAAGGCCAACUUUGGGGAAGAUUUAUGCCCACCCCAGAUGAGAGAGCUCCCACCUGUCAUUUCCUGGCACAUUCUCCAAUAAUUUUCUGCAGAGCCCCUACCUCUGUGUGGUUCUCUCAUUGUCAUUAUUUUUCAUGUGAUUAAUUUAUGUUCAAAAUUUCCAUAAACCCCCCAGGAAUGCUCUGUCACUCCAAAGGCAUGUGUGACAGAGGGAGACAUGACCAAGUCAAAUGUUAUUCUUCUUCUCCAAAAAGUCUGUGUAGAUGGUUGUUUAUCCCAGUCACACACCAAUCCCUUGAGGGUCCCAGGAUCUUGGAGUCCCCUUUUUUGUGCACUAUGGUGAUUUUGCUUUCAUCUUUAUGCACUUAAGGGCUCUCCAGUCCCUGCUCAGCACCUGCCCAGGUAACCUGAUUUAUGUCCUGGAAGUUUCCUUUUACCACCCCUGACCUCAGAACCCCAUCACCCCCUCACCCCCAGAUUCCUCUUUCUUAAGUAAUGUCACUUAUACACUGCGGGAUACUGAUUACGUGCUUCAACUUGGCGGGCCUGGGCCAGGGGACUGGAUCCGCCCCUGGGGAGGGUGGUGGGCACGGGCGGUAGCGCCCUCCACAGCCCCCCGGGCCUG